AUGACUCCUCUUUAUUCAUGUGCUUCGUCUAGUGGAUGGGAAAGAAAAGCAGUUAUGGGUUAUAAAUAUGAAGCAAUGGAGAAAGCCAAGGAAUCAAUAAUGAAGUCAUUCAACAAUGAUGAAAGUAAAUACAAUGAUGUAUUUACAAUCAUUGAUAACAGAUGGACAUGUCAACUUCAUCGCCCCUUGCAUGCUGCUGGUCACUUUUUGAACCCAGAGUUCUUUUAUUCCAACCCAGACAUGGAAUAUGAUUUGGAAGUUACAAAUGGAUUAUAUGAUUGCAUCAGGAGGUUGGUGCCAACUCCCAACUUACAAAAGCUAGCAAUCAAGAUUUUAAGCUUGACAUGUAGUUCAUUGGGAUGUGAGCGCAAUUGGAGUGUUUUUGAGCAAAUUCAUUCAAAGAAAAGGAAUAGACUGGACCACAAAAGGUUGCAUGAUUUGGUUUACAUAAAGUAUAAUCAACAACUUGCUCAAAGAUACAAUAUUAGGGAUGAAAUAGACCCUAUUCUAUUGAAUGACAUUGAUGAAUCUUCGGGUAUUGGAGAACUAGUAGUUUAUACAAGGAGAGAAGCAACUAAUAAAAGAAAGCAACCAUCAAGUGAUGGUAUUGUUAUUGGAUCUUCCCAUGCUUCUAAGAAAGGUCCAGGUGCAACUCCAACUCCAACACAACCUAAGAAGGGUAAAAAGAAGACUCAAAUUCAAGUUCAAAAUGAAUUGCAUGAUAGCUCUGAUUCCGAGUUUGAAAGAUUACUUAACUUUGACAAUAGUCUCUUAGAAGGGGAAGAGGAGGAGGGAUAUGCCCCAUUGGAUGAUGACAUUGAAGACAAUCAUGUUAGAGUUGAAGAAGAAUAUGAUUAUUAG